CGUAGAAAUAAGAGCACGGUGGGCGUGGUUACAGACUAGCUCCGCCCUUUGACGCCAUCUUAUGGUGGAAGAGGCGGCUUUGGGACGGGAGGAGAGUGGUGGCAUAAGGAGAUGUCUCAGGGAUCUGCUUCGGACUUUGACCUGAUGAAUGCACUAGAUUGGAGCGACGGCAUUGCAACCCUUCCUGGAAGUCAGAUACGGUUCCGGCUUAGUGAGUUUGGCACCCUGGAAAUCAUUACAGAUUCUGACACGAAUCUGGCUACCUCCUCUAGCACCCAAGAAGCAGAGAAAGCUGUUCCAAGCUCCACCUGUCCUACUCCUGACCAAGAGUCUAAAAUUUCCAUUGAAACAAAUUCUGACAAGAUGGAGAAAAAGGAAGUGGUAACAGAGAGUGAGAACGUAGCUCCCUUUGUAGAAGAGCAACCAACUAUACAGACUCCCUCCACUGUGACCACAGGCCAUGUGACCAGUACAGAAAAUGAGCGUCCUCAGAGGCUUCGAAAAAAGAGGAAGCUUCUUAUGGACUCAGGGGAUGAAGAAGAGGCAAUUGAGGAAGAUGAGGAUAAAAUAAAAGGGCACCAGAAGAGUCGAAAAGCUUCCAAAUACAUAAAAACAGCUUCACUACCUAAGAAAAAGUUGUGGAACUGGGUCUCCUACCUAGAUGAGGAAAAGAUGCAAGCUGCCCCACUCAAACUCUUCAAAGAGCAUCAGUCUUUCCCACAGUCACGGAACAGCUUUAAAGUGGGAUUAAAGUUGGAAGCGAUAGACCCAGAACAUCCGUCCUUGUAUUGUGUCCUAACUGUGGUAGAGGUUCAAGGUUACAGAAUGCGACUUCAUUUUGAUGGCUAUCCUGACUGCUAUGAUUUUUGGGUUAAUGCAGAUUCCCUGGAUAUACACCCAGUGGGUUGGUGUGAGAAAUCUGGACACAGGCUCAUGCACCCUAAAGGUUACAAGGAUGGAGAGUUUAAUUGGCCUACAUACCUGAAGCAAUGUAAGGCUCAGGCUGCUCCAAAAACUUUCUUUAAAAGUUAUAACACGCCUGUUACACCCUCUGGUUUCCGAGUAGGUAUGAAACUGGAAGCUGUGGAUCGAAAGAAUCCCUCCUUGCUGUGCGUGGCUACAAUAUCCGAUAUUGUAGAGAACAGAUUGCUCAUUCAUUUUGACAGCUGGGACCACAGCUAUGAUUACUGGUGUGAUGCCAGCAGUCCAUACAUCCGACCAGUUGGACACUCGAAAGAGUUUGGUAUAUCUCUGACACCACCACCAGAAUUUAAAGACCCUAAAAGUUUCUCCUGGGAGGUGUAUCUGGAGAAGACUGGAGCCCAGGCAGCCCCAGCAAGGGCUUUCAAAGUGCGCCCUUCUCAUGGGUUCCAACCAAACAUGAAGCUGGAGGCUGUAGACAAGAGAAAUCCCAUGCUAAUCCGAGUCUGCAGUAUUGUACAGAGAGAUGAAAACCGCAUUAAGCUCCAUUUUGAUGGUUGGAGUUCCCUUUAUGACUUCUGGGUGGAUGCCGACGGUCCGGAUAUACACCCAGUUGGUUGGUGUGCAAAGACUGGACACCCCCUCCAGUUGCCUCCUGUUGCAGACACAGCUGCUAUUCCUGGGCAAGGUUGUCCUAUUGCUGGGUGCAAAGGAAUUGGACAUGUGCGAGGACCGAGAUAUGGCACUCAUUACACUGCUGUUGGCUGUCCCUAUUCGGAGGUAAACCUGAACAGAGAAAAUUUAUUGCAGGAUCGUCUUUGUGGGGAACGGCCUCCACCAACCCACAACACAUUAAAGCCCCGUAGACCAGGGACACCCAACCUUAUAACUGACCCCCCACCUGAUUCUCCACAGUCCAGAAAGUGUCCAACGCCUACUGAGGAGCAGUGGGGACGAAGCAACAUGUGGGAGAUGGCAGAAUGGCUAGAGGAGGAAGCAGAAACUAAGCCAGAGAUUAAAAGUGGUGCUCACACGUAUAUCCGCCUGCAACUGAUUAGACAGGAUAGAGAUGGUACAGAUUGUGAAUUGAGUUUGGAGCAACCACUGCAUCAGUCAGUGUUCAUGACAUCACUCUCCUCAGACCCUGGUCAUCGUAUUCACCUGUGCUGGGAACAGCAAUGCCACCUGCUUCCGGAGGUGUCAGCAUAUACUGCUAAAUCUGUCAGCAAGUGGAAUGCUGAAGAAGUUGCUCAGUUUGUCCAGCAGCUGCCAGGGUGUAUGGAACAAGCCUCUAUCUUCAGAGACGAGCAAAUAGACGGGGAAGCCUUCCUACUUCUUACUCAGAGUGACUUGGUGAAGAUUUUGGGGCUCAAACUGGGACCUGCUUUGAAAAUCUCUAAUUCUAUCACUAUGUUCCACAAUCUGGCGCAGAAUUGAUGUGGUACAGAGCUAGAUAAAAAGUAAAAAACUGAAUGAGUCCUAUCUUGCUGAAGAAGGUGGUAUAAAUAAUAGCAACACAAGAUGGUACAACAAACUUUGAACAGUCUCUUCCUGUUUUUAAUCCAGUGGAUUCAUCACUCUGUCCUUGGCCAGAAAGGCACAUACCCAGUAAGAUUGCUGCAAAAUAUCACAUGAGUAAUAAGGAUUUUCUUACGAAAUCGUUAAGUUGCACAAUCCUGCGCUGGGAUCAACCCGUGGAGUUUGAGGAUUUCUCUGUGUAUUCUCAGAUGUUUUGGUGUUUGCUUAAUCAUUAUGUAGUAUAGGAGCACUAUAGUACUGACGUAAGAGGCGCAAUGAUGAAAUUGAUGCUGUGGUGCCUUACUGCUUUUAUUCCUAGUGAUUUCGUCCACUAGGGGUUUAAAUAAAGUAUAGCAGAAUAUUUUUGGUUUCUCAUACAAAAAGUAAAACAAAAAAUUGUUGUCAA